UGGUGGCGGUUUUGGCGCGUCAUUCUUUUUACAUCCUCUGGCGCGAUGACGUCAUUCACGAAGGAUCCAGGAUUUAAAAAGUAAACCUCGGUGUAAAAGGAUACCAGCAUGAACUGGGAUAAUCAGUUGAGUCACAUGAUCUCAGCAGCUGACGGCAGUGUCGCGAAAAUACGUGAACGCCUUGCUUUUCCCGGAAGGCUUUCCAGAGAAAGAGAAGAUGUGUAUCCAGUGAGAGAUCGGGGUCACGUUCUGGGUUUGGACCAUCCUGUACAUCUUAGUGGCGCUGUUCAAUGGACUGAUCUGGCGGCUGUACAGAACCAGCUUCAUAACCAACAACAGACAAUUGAGACCUUAACGCAGAACCUGCGGUCAGUGGAGAGAGAAAGAGAUGGUCAACAAAGACAAAUACAAACGCUGCAAGACGAGGUGAGGAGGCUGAGGGAGAGACUGGAGGACCGGGAGAAGGAGAGAGAAAGGACCCAGGACAUGGACAGAGAGAAGGUCCCCGUGGUAGAGAUGCGGCUGGAGCAAUGGAAAAGGGAAGUGGGAUGCGAGUUGAGCGCCUUAAGAGGCCGCAUCGACAGGGCCACGUCUCUAGGCAACCGGGAGGAAAGUUUCAGCUCUAAACUAUGCAGGGAGGAAAUGGAACAGCUCAGGAGAGAGGUGGACCUGCUCAAAAGCAAGCUGAUGAGGCAUGAGCAGGACAUGUACCAACAGCAGUCUGAAGCAAGAGAAUCAAGGAGGCAGUGUGAGCGCAACUGCAAGAUACUGGAUACUGUCACCGAGUCUUACCGCACACAAGGCUUUGAACUUUCCCGGAUCAUCUCACAGUACCAGCACACACAGCAAGACGUGAGAGAUCUCAGACUUACAGUAUCUGGAUUGAAGGAUGAAGUGAGAGGCCUUAUUCUGAAAGACAGACUCGACACACCUGCAGAAACACUGCGGAAAUCAAAUCCUUCGGAGGCAAUGGUUGCUGUGGAGAUGAGUUCUCGGAGACGGUCGCUGUCAGACUCAGAUGAUGAUUUGAGCCCCACCCCCAGUCUCGGAGAUAUAAGCUCAGACGACCCGGACAUAUCCUGGCUGGGGGAAUCAGACCCAAAACUAAGAGGUCAAGGACGGGUUGCACGCUCAAGCCUGUCAGGAAGUGAUCUCAGCGACCUGGCGAGUGGAUUUGAGAGCAACCAUGGUGACAUAGAUGGCAAAGAGGGAGGAGCUUCAGACAGUUCUCCAGAGCUCAGUCUGCGUGACCUUAGACACUAGAAACAGGCAGUAAAAAGUGAUUGAUGGUGCAAGUAUGACCAGCCACUUGUCUUGUUACUCAAGAUACAGUGUUCAUUCAAUCUGUUCUGUUCUGCUGUUUAAGCUUAUUAUUAUUCUGAGAUCUGAAAUUUCUAAACUCUACUCCUAGAGCUUUCAAGCUACAUCCACCAAACUCGUCACAGACCUUCAGUCUGUUUUGACUUAGUGUGCUAUGACUUUUCUAACUGAUUGGAAUAACAGGGUUUUGUUAUGGAACGUCACAAUGCCCAAAAUUCCCAUUGACCUACAUUUAAAAUAUUGGACUGUUCUAACUCCUUGAGCUUUCAAGCCACUUCCACCAAACUCCACACAAUCCUUCUGUGCCUCUGACGCUGUGAGUGUACCUGUAACAGGGAUUCUCACUUCAUCCCUCCGUCUAUCAGUGCUACCAGUAGUACACACACACUCACUCACUCUUCAUAUUUCUUUCUAUCAAUCCUCCUGUAACACUCUCACUCCUUGUUUCUACUAAUAACACUCUCACUCCAUCUGACUGUCUACAACCCCAAUUCCAAAAACGUUGGAUGCUGUGUGAAAUGUAAAUAAAAACAGAAUGCAGUGAUUUGCAAAUCUCAUAAACCCAGAUGUUCUUCACAAUAGAACAUAGAAAACAUAUCAAAUGUUUAAACUGAGGAAAUUAACCAUUUAAAGAAAAAAAAAAAAAAGAUAAUUUUGAAUUGAAUGGCCACAAUACAUCUCAAAAAAGUUGGGACAGGUGCAACAAAAGGUUGGAAAAGUAAGUGUUACCCAAAAGAAACUGCUGGAGGAACAUUUUGCAACUAAUUUGGUUAAUUGGCAACAGUUCAGUAACAUGACUGGGUAUAAAAAGAGGAUCUUAGAGAGGCAGAGAUUCUCUUACAAUCUGGAUGGAAACAUAUGUUUCUCUAAAACCUGUAUAUACCUUUCAGCAUUGAUGGUGCCUUUCCAGAUGUGCAAGCUGCCCAUUCCAUAUGCACGAAUGCACCUCCAUACCAUCAGAGUAUGUUAUCCAUCUUUCUACCAGUGGCUGUCUUUCUGUCUGUCACCCUUUUUUUUUUUCUUUCUUUCUUUCAAAUUCAAACUAUCUACAAAGUUUGUGAUGACAAACUUUACGUAUUUAGUUAAUGUUUUACAAAGUUCAACAGGAUCAAAUAUUCCGAGAACUAGUAUUUUGUGGCAGACUGGGUACCAUUUUAACCAGCACACUGUAAUACUCGGUCUGUAUGACAGAACAUACUGGGUGCUCUUCUCCAUUCAUUUUGAGAGUUAGAUUUCUUUUGCACUGUUAAUCACACCGAGGUUAAAAUGACUUGCAUGUCUGUUUCGCUUCAAUAAUGGACUAUUUGUCAUUUCAAGUGCUAUUUCAUCAGCUUUGUGUAUUAAGCCAUGGAUCUGUUUUUAAACUGCUUCUCAGGCUCAGGUGUUUAUUCAUGUGAAGUUAGAAGUUGUGUAGUGUGCAGACGAGCCUAGCUAGAAAUCUUUAUCCCACCCCUCAAGUGGAAGCUUUUAAAGAUGGGCCAACCUCCGCCCAAGCAACCCAUAUUUAUUUCAGACAAUUUCCUCCUCCUGUUAUCUGUCCUUACAUUUUUCUCUCUUUUAACCACUGAAUUACAGCAGGGAGACCAGAUAGAUUUUUUUAAAGACUUAAUAGACACACAUGUAUUAAGUACUUUUUUUUUUUUUUUUU